AUGAAAGAAAGAGCCAUUGAGCUCAUUCAAUACGAAAUAGCACGGGUGAAAGAGGCCAUCGUAAGGCAGCUGGAAGCAAACGUGUAUCGUCCAGAAAGAAUUGAUGAUGAGCAUCCCAAGUUUCGUCAGUUGACCAGACUCAAUUUCCAUAUCAAAACGGACGAGGGCAAGGAAUUUCGGAGAGUUUCGGGAGACGAUUUGUACGACGAACUUGAGGCGGUGACCAGAUUUGAGAUGGAAGAUUACGAUGAAGCGGAUGAAUACCGGCGCGCACGCGUGAUUCAUCAUCGAAUGGGGAGAACUUGCGACGACGAGUGCCCGCAGUUGAAUGGUUUUACGGAAAGCUCACAUGCUUAUCGGGAGCUCGUCGCAUUUGCCUCCAUCCGCUCGAACUCAAUUGAUGUGAGAACAGAAGAUUUCCUCGAUCAACAUGCUGGAUGCUUUCAAGGUCUGAGAACUAUCAUUCAACGUUUGAAGGAGAUCAAACAUUGCGAGGAAAGCCUCCAAGUUCUCGAUGAAUCCAUCAAUGUUGCUCAAGUUGAAGGGACAGUGAAUGGCUUGAAAAUCGCUCAAAAAAUAAACGAUCAACUUUGGAAUGAGUUUGGAGUUGGACGUGCUGACAGUCAACACACGGACAUCUCAACAAAAGAACGGUAUGGAUCGUUCAUCGCUGCGUUUGAAUCUCAAGUGGAAAAGAAGUCGAACGUCUCGACAUGUGCCGAAUAUGCACGAACAACCAUCGUCAAUCUUCGGGACAUCGGCAACCGACCAACCGGAAUGAAGGCUUGUGCAGGAGCAAUGGUUGUAGUUCCAACUUCAGUCGAAGGAUCCAUUAACCUGGUGCUUAAGACGUUGCCAUCAGCAGCCCACGAUUCUGGUUGA